GUUACAUUACAUUUGCAGAGAGAAUUGAGAGUGAAAGUGCAAUAAGAUCUAUUAUAUUGGAAAUUACAUGGGCAUCUUUAUGCCGUCAUUCUAAGUCAUUCUCCUAGUGGAAUUAUAAUUCUAAAUCCGAUCUUGUUUUUUUUUAUUAUUGUACAUAAAACAGUUAUAACAGUUUGAAAUGCAGAAAAAGGUCAUUUUCAUUACGAAUUUUGAAUAAUCGCGUGUGAUAAAUAAGUGCUUAGACGGAGCAAAACUGAUGAUUCAGAUAUUAACUCUCAACAUCUCACAGAUAACAUUGGUGUGAAAUAUAUUGAAUCCCAUUUUGAAAAUGAAAAUUUUUACCGUCACUGUUCUCUGUGUGUGGUUUUAAUACCCCCACAAGCUUAAGCACCAAAAGUCAAAUAAAUAUAAGUGUUACCGUAAAAAAUAGAGAGACGAGACUGCGUUGGCGUGUGGAUGAUUUUACCGUUACGUUGAGGUCACAUAAAAUCAUGUAACAUCGAUAAUAUGUACCACGUCGAACAUGCUGAACACUCCGGGCAAACUUUUCUCGAAACUGAUGAAAUGUACCUUGUGCUCGGCAUACAAAAUACUUCCGGGUUUGAUUGAAAUUCUUCAGGACCUUAACUUUGGUAUUAUCAAGGGAGGGGUGGGUCAUUCACCAAGCAACACGUAUCUCGUGGAACCACUUAUAAUACUAUUAUAAGAAUGAUGAAACAAGAUUGACUUGACUUUCUCUGCGGUACCUUGAAGUGCUUAAAAUAAACUUAUGAGAAGGGAAUUGCUUUUCAUCGAGUUUUAGUUUCCGCGAAGAACGUCAUUCACCUUUGACCCGCAAAAAAAUAAUUGAUGCGCAUCGCCAACCAUGCAUUGCAUUUAAAUCGAGAUUUACAACUUGUCACCUUGGAAGGCUACUUCAAAUUCAAUGCAAAAGCGCAUUUAUAUUCUCACGAUUGUCUGAUCGUCUCUGAUACCAUUAAGGAAUUUUUAAUUUUUCCUAGACUUUCCAAGAAGUCGUUUAAAAUUUUUUUAAACUUGUUUUGGCUAUUCAAAUGCACUAUCGCUAAAAUUAAUAUUAUUCAUCCCUCAUAUUGUCGAAAUUUACGAUUAACUUCUCUAAAAUUGUGACUGAGUUGCAGUUUCCGGGACAGAGUGGAAAUUUGGAGAAAAAAAAAGAUGAAUAAAUUGAGACUAGGCAUACUAAUAUUUUAGACUGGGAAUGAUUUUACUGCGAUCGACUAGUCAUUUCUAAAUAAAUAAGAUCGAAUAUUUUUUUUAAUGUCAAUGCUUUUUAAUAAAAUUUAUUUUGCGGUGUUUAAGUUUAAGAUUGAGUUUCGAAAAUAACGGACAUAAAAUUUGGCCGGAUAUUGUCGAAAAAAAGUAACAAGUCGACGGUGCCGUUUUUUAUCUAUAGCAUGUGUAAGCAAUCAUUUCAGUGCUACUAGUUUCCGCUGUAGAGUCUGUAAGAGUUGGGGGCACUCAGUAUAUUCAGGGCUGCUAUAUUCAAGCUUCAAGGAAGAAACAUAAAGAAGGUUCUCUUCUCUCUGCACCUUUUUAUACAAAAUCUAUUGCUAAUAAACUGGAAUCUUUUAGAAGUGACUACACGAAAGUAAUCUAAAAAUUUGUGAUCAACUAAUAUUUUGAACAGUGAGUGUUAUUUAAUAAACGACUAGAAGAAAUAAAGAGGAAAUAUGUUUAAAAAAUCUGGAUUUGGACGUCGGCACAAUAACAAUAAGCAACCGAGAAAGGAAAGUGGUAGUAAAUCCCACCACAUUAGGACUUGGGUCUUUUUAAACAAAAAGAAAAAUAAGGAAUAUGAGCGAGCUCCUUCGAUGCUUGGAGCUGAAGGUGUCAUGAUGUCGGGGGACUCGCCGCCUCCCCUGCAGUCAUCGAUUCCCCCCGGAUUCGACAUGCCAGAUGAGAUGAGACAUGGAAAAAUCACACCAACGGAAACCCCUCUCAUACCUAUGAAACCACGGAAGAACAACGGGGAAAUUCCAAACGAGGACAUCGAGGAGGCAGUCCCGAUUGUAAAAACCCUCCCAAUGCCGGAACCUCAGCCAAAAGUUGAGCGGAACGGCGGUUUCGACUACGACCACACCGACGGCAAACAACUCGUCAACGACGUCGAAGACGAUGCCUGCUUCGUCAAGUGUAUCUACUUCACACAGCAAUGCUGCGAGUGCACGGUCCUCUGAUUUCGAGGGUCAACGAAUUAACCCGGAAGACAGUGCGAAUUGCGAAUUAAAGUAACGAGAACUAACUGUUCCAGAAGUAAGAGACAAUUCACGUGAGAAUUGAUCCCUCGGAACGUUAAACUGACGCCAUUAGACGUAUUUUUAUUAGGUAUAUUAUAUAUAUAUAUAUAUAUCUAUUCUGUAUAUAAAAGCAAUUGUGAAUAAAACGACAUUGCACGGCAACUGUGAUUCAGUGGAUUUCGAGCGAAGCUAGAUUUCGACGGAGAUGUAAAGGCUGAACUGUUCAAACGUUCUCGACACAAACAUACAUUAUAAUCUGUAUUUUCUAUUUUAGAAAGAAAAAUCAUCGAAUAUUUAUUAUUUUCACUCUUGAAAAAUGUUCAGCGAUGAAUUACAAACUGGUAAUUUAGGUACUAAAAAUAUUUUUUUCUAAUUAUUCGAGACUUCUAUAAUGUAUAUAUUUUAAUAUAAUAAUUCUUGUUUGCUUCGGGACCAAAAUCUACGAGAUUAGAAAACUCGAGAACAUUCUCUCCUUACUUUGUAUUUUCCAUCUCAAAAUAAUUUCACAGACUUGGUACCUGUUGGCCGAGAACAAAGACUAUUUUCUAACAAAGACGUUACAAGUCUUAUUUGAGAUUAUUCUUCUUUAGUUUUUUUUUUUAAUGAUGCGUUCUCAGUAGAUUUAAGUUGGAAACAAGAGACACAACUGUGAAGUUUGUCUCGAUUCCUAGUUUAUAAGUAAGUUUAUUACUUUCUCUGGAAGCCAAUAAUUCUUGAAUUCAAAAUAUUUCUACAAUGAACUGGGGAAGAUUGUCCCUGUGAUUUAGCAUUUUAGACUUUUUAAAAAUUUUUAUAAGAUAAAUCAAGUAGUAAAACUUGGAUGUGAGUGAGUGCAACAAUGAUUACAUAUUUACACAAAUUAUAGAUUUAUUACAAACAGAAAAAAUGUAUACCGAUAACAAAUCCGAAGCGAUUUGAAGCUCGGAAGUUUCAUAGAUAGAAUACCGAAUAUGGUAAUUUUUUGUUGCAAAUGUACAGAGUUAAGAAUGGAUUAAAGUGCAAUUUGUUUUACAGCC